AUGUCUGAACCAGCCAGCCAGCCCGGUGCACCAUGCGAUGGAGCCCAGAAGCUACCAUCUGCUUCUGAGAAGUCAGUCGCAAAGGAGUUGGAGAAGAGAGUGCCCACAGAGGUCAAGAGCGCCUUUUCUACGCCAGACCGCAUCCUCCUCCGUCUGAACAAGCUCCUCGCUGCUCCCGGCGGCUUGAGCGCAUUCCUCUCCACCUUCAAUUACACCCUCUACCUCCUCGCACACCUUGACUCCAAGGCCGAGCCGCUGAAAGCUCGUAUUUACCAGCUCAUCAACCGCAGCUCAGACCUGCCCAAGAUCACCCCAGCUGUCCCAGCCGGACCAUCGCCAAUCGCAUCGCUCGGCGCCCUCCUCUCCUCCACCCGAACGACCCUCCGUCUGUUCGGCCUUCUUCCCAUGUACGCAUGGGCCCGCCAGCUCAUGCAAGGCCCCAAGCCCGGCCAGGACCAAGUCCUCUACACCACCUCAGUAGCUCAAUGCUCGCUGUACUUUGCCUUCCAGCUCUUCGAGAACGUUGCACUCCUCACAGACAACAAGGUUCUCUCAACGGACUUUACCUCUCGCGUGAGCGGCGGCCGCACCUCUGCGAACCUCUACCUCGCAGCAUACCGGGCUUGGUUCCUUGGUUUCUGCUGUGACUUCAUCCGUCUGUUCCGCGAGGCGCAGCUGGAGCGUGCUAAGCGCGAGCAGCCGGGUCACAACUCUGAUGCGGCAGUCAGGAAGCAGGACGAGGAGAUUGAUCAGAAGUGGUGGGCGGAGCUUAUUGUGCCGAUUGCGUGGUUCCCUGUUGGUUUCCAGUUUGCGCAGUGGCGCGAAGGUGGCUUCCCUGGUUUCAACUUGGGUCUGAUGGGUGCUGCGGGUGCUCUUGCUGGCUUGGGCAAGACCAAGGCUCUGUGGGAUGCUACAGCGUAG